AUGCAACGGAUUGUAAAACCGAAGAACGCGCGCUCCAAAAGAGCACUUCAGGCUCGAGAACCGAAGCUAGUCGAAGAUGCGAAAAUAUCAAUAUUCGUCAAAUCAACCCAAACAUCCGAAAGGGUUAGGAUCGCCCUCAGCGAACUGCAUCAGCUGAGAUCAUCAGCACAUUCGAUCCAAUUCGCCAAGCGCAAUCUCAUUCACCCCUUUGAGGAUCCGAGUAGCCUACAGUUCUGGUCGGUCAAAAACGAUGCGAGCUUAUUUCUAAUAGGCAGUGAUAGCAAGAAACGCCCGGAUAACUUGACGUUCGUUAGGAUGUUCGACCACGAAGUUCUGGAUAUGGUCGAAGUCGGAAUCGAAGGCGCAGUGUCCUUGGCUGAUAUCAAAGGACCGAAAACAUCACCCGGCCUGAUCCCGCUGUUUCAUUUUGUCGGUACCCUCUGGGAUUCAAAUGAAAGAUACAAACAAUUCAAAUCAAUGUUGCUAGAUUUCUUCAGGGGUCAAGAGAUCCAUUCAAUCGAUCUUGUCCACGGUCUACAGUAUGUGAUUUCUGUAAGCGUGGGCGAAUUAGACCAACCGGGAACCACAACCUCACUUCUGAACGUCGCCCCAUCCACACUUCCCACUUCAACUGAAACUCUCAACGAAACAGCCAAACGCAAGACUCCCAAACCAGUUUCACUCGUCGACUCAUCUCAGCCUAAUCUAACCGACAAUGUUGAAGGGCUCCCGCUAGUCCACUUCAGAACUUACCUCGUCCAGCUUCUCAAAUCCGGUCAGCGUGAACCCCGGGUCGAGCUCCUGCCCCAUGGUCCAUCGUUUGAUUUCAGGCUUCGACGAGCCCAAGCGCCAUCUGAGGACUUACUCAAACUAGCCCUACAACGGCAUCUACCGAAGAAACCGGCGGGCGAAAACAAGAAGGCACAGGGAAAUAAGAAUGUAGACAUCGAUGAAAUGGGCGACAAAGUCGGUAAAAUCCAUGUUGGUCAGCAAGAACUCGACAAGCUUCAAAGCAGGAAGAUGAAAGGUCUUAAGAAAGAUAGACAGGGCAAAAAGAAAUCCGACCAACAGAAAGAUACCGAUGAUGGCGCGAGUGAUGACGAAAUCGAGAUGGAGGAUGGGGCGCAAGAACAAGAAGAGAUGGGGGCGAUCGUCGAACUAGAGCAGUCCAAAGUGACCAAAAAAUAA